AUGUCAGAACCUACCAGGAACAGCUGCCAACAACCCCGAAGAGUCAGCCAAAGGGCUAGCAGUGCGGAAGCAAGAGCUAGGAGAACAUCUCAGGAAGAAGCUGAAGGUCUUCGAGGGCAGCUCUCUGUCAUGAAAAGAGAGAGCCAUGUUCCUCAGGAGGGAAGUGUGCUGCAGCUCCUGUGUGCAGCCCCCCGCUGCCAUGUCUACAAAGACACAGCUCUGGAGACUCAGAAAUCACUGACAAGUAAGAAGAGUGCGAUCAUCUUCAGUUCAGCAAGGGCACCACAGUGCUUCUCCUGCUCACAGAUUUUGUCUGUGUCUGGAAUCUCCAACCAGAGUCAGCAACUGAGUCUAAAUCGCUGCUGUGAGUGUUCACUCGCUUCUGUAACCUCUAUAUUAUCACAAUUAACAGAUCCUAAAUCCUUUACCCAAAUGGCUGCUCCACCAACCGGUGUGGUCAGCACUCAAAAUUACCAGACUGAAUGCUUGUACCUAGAGCAGGGAUCUCUGCUGCCAGAUGUGCCCAGGGACCCAGGGACUAGGUCUUCCUCAAGGAUUGAGGAGUUUGUGUUUCCUGUGAACCAGCUGGAGAUGAUAGAUGCCAGCUAUGAAUUUGUCCAGAAGAACCAAGACCAGCUGCCCUGGAAGUCCCAGGUUGCUCUGUUGUCUCUGAACACAGAGCUCACUCAUUUGACACACCCUAUUGCUUUGCAUGUGGUCACUGUCCUCUCUGCCCACUUGCCAUUCCUCAGCCCUGAAGUCCUCAGGCUUCUCAAGGUCCAUAUGAAAAAGUGGGUGCAUUUCAAGAGGUGGGGACUCCCCAGAUGUGUGGACGAUUCCUUGAGGCAGCUUGUGCCACAGCCCCUAUUGCUUUGCCAGCCUGGAAACAGCCAACCAAUUCCUUUCACCAUGAUCAAUACUUCUGAUGCCUGUGUUGAAACAACUGGGACCAUUGCCCACAAGGCCUGGGCUUCAUGGAUGAUCAGCCAGCCCACCCAGGCCUUCUGGGUCUCUGAAUGGUUUAUAAAGGACCCAGAACAAAGGCACCACUGCCAGAAAACUCCAAAUUCUCUGGCUCUUGCUUUGCCCUCUCCAGCCCUCAAAGUCCUAAAUGACCUCUAUCCACCAACCGGGGGACAGACUGAAGUUUCAGGGAACCAUCUGAAGCAGCAGCAUAGCCAGCUCUUCUGUGGCCUCCCUUGUCCACACAGUGAGUCCCUAGUUGCCACCUUCAUGGGCUCUCAAGGCCUCUCCAUGGACAAGAGCAUAGCCCAGCUCUGCUUGCAUGUUCUUUUUCUCUUUGAUGAGCCCUCCUUCCUCCCCCUGCUGCCCAAUGAUCCACCCCUCUCAGCUCCACCCACCCCAAACUGGAUCUCCCCUCCUGACCAUCAAGGAAUCCAGAUCAAUCUCCCACUUCUGACUCUGGCCGAGUGUGAGGCCUUGGAGUGGCACCUGCUACAGAGACAGCUCCAGCUUAGGUGGGACUUGCCAGCUGUUUUCCAGAGAUCUCAGCAUGCCCAGAGCCCCAUGCACUAUGAGCCCUGUGACACAGCCCCAUCUCCUGAGACCAGAGAAACUCCUUGGUCAGGGAAGCCCACCUCAGUCCUCUCAUGGCAACUACUCUUCUUCCCAGACCAUGUCCAGAGACUGCUGGAGUUCCACCUCCAGAAGAAGUUGAUUUACCGUCACUGGGGCCUGCCCCAGAAGAUUGAGCAGUCCUUCAAGUUGCUCCUGUCCCAUGCUGACCAGCAGCCCCUGCCCUGGAGCAGCACAGCCUUGGACAAUGUAAACAUUCUCCAGUCUGCAGCCUCAGAGGCCAAGGGGAUUAGUGACCUGUUCUCACCUACCUUAGCCCCAGUGUUACUCCCCAUGCCACAGUUGCUUCUCCAAGCCAAAGCAAUACUUCAGAGCCACAUCAACUCCAAAUGUUGGCAGAUCUGCCAGGGCACUUUCCCAACCCAUGUGUGUAUCUCCAGGGACUUCAGAAUUCCCGGGAACCUGGCAGUUACUCCCUUCCCCCGCAUUCCAGAGCUGCAGGCAGCAACUGAUCCUCACUUUGAUCAGGAAGUUGUGUCCCAGAGGCCAACAGCCAUUGAUCAGCAGACCUCACCAGUGGCUCUCAUUCAUCCCACCCUAUCUGAGGGAGACAUUCAGAAACUGAAGAUGACUUUACAGCACAAUUACCUGGCCUUCUUGUCAGGGCUACCUGCUCUCUACUAUAUGGCUUUCUCUAAGGCCAUGGUCCUGUCAAUCACCAGCCAAUCUUCUGUGAGCACCCAGGUGAUGCCUGAGCCUUUCAAAAUCCCAGCAGAGCCCCUGACUGAGAUGAUCACAUAUAAAGAGCAAUUUACAUGUCCUUGGCCAGCCUUUCAAGAGGACAAGACUUGUGCAGACAGUGUCCAUGGGCUCCUGACUGAUGUGCAGGAGGAAACAAUGGAGACGGUACCUUUCAGAGACCAGACAGAUGCUGAUCUUCCUCUUGUACUCAGGAGACCUACCAUGACAAAAAUGAAUUUCCAUCUGAGGAAAAAGGUCCUAGAGAUACAGUUGGGAAUUCUCAUACAGGCAAGGAGGUCUAGGGACCAAACUGUGGCUGUCGCUGGGAAUAUUUCCACACAAGAGGCAUUUGGGAGUCUAACCAACCAGGGACUCGCCACCCCAGCAGACACUCCACAAACCCCAGAAGCAGAAAAGGCCCACCUUAAAGAACUCCUGAUCACUGAGCUAAAGGCAGUGCUGCUGAGAAGGAAACUAGCUAAGUCCAGAGAAGUGCCCCAUGCUUCUGGCCACUGUGUCUCCCAGAUCUCCCAACCCAGUGUGGACAAGGCAGAUGCCCAGGUGCUUUGUGAUCAGGUGGAAGCCAGCAUGAACAUCCCCAGUCUGGAGGAGGCCUGGUGUCCUGAAUCCCAAGGCUCUGGCCAAAGCAAGGACUCAGCCCAAGUGCCCACCCUGGGAGAGAAGAAAGAGGACCCAGGAAAACCCAAACCAGCAGGGAACGGCAGAGAAGGGGACACAGGGGUUGGGCUCCCCUCAACCAGAGAAAACAGACACCCUGCUGAAGACCAGAGGCCAGCAGGUUCCUGGCAAAGGAACCUUAGCUAUAUUCUUGCUGUCUCAUGUCAGGAGAGUCCCAAGGAGAUAGUCUUCCCAGAGCUACUUUCAGGAGUCCCUUUGUGUUAG